UAUAUAUCUACGGUUCUCAAGAUCAAAUGUGAAAUGGAGAUGUUGCCAGAUUACCAGCAGAUUCAAAGUAAAAUUCACCAGUUGUAAUCUGGGACCACCUUCAUUGUCUGCUACAAGUAUCACCUCUACCCCCCUACACUCUUCUGCCCCUUUGUUGGGAAAAAUGUUGAGAAAUUUUCAGAGCGAAAAAGACAACCAAUGUAACCUUACAUGACUGACGUUCUUGCAGGGCUUGUCUGUUUAGUGGUUGUAUUAGCCAAGAGGGGGGAGGGGAUGUUAUCUUACCAACUUCUGUUUUGUAACGUGUUAGCAACCAGUAUGCUCAUGUAAUGAUUCCAAACCAAUAUGCAACACACGUGUGGUCCGUUUGAUUUUGCCCCACUGACUUCCUGGGAGAAAAAAGAAGUUCUGUGCUGAUGCCCAAACCCCUUCAAAAGGCACCAACACUCACAGACUCCUUCAAAAGGAAACCAAAGCUCACAGUUGCACUUGAGUUCUUGCACAGUUUUCUGCGGCUAAACUCCAGCUGAGCUGAGAGGGAUGAAUCCUGUAGGUUACCCAGCUGAGGUUGUUCCAUUGCAGAGGAGACCUGAAGGGAUCCCUGGACAGCCUGGAGGAGCUGCAGCAGUUCAGUACACCGCUGUGCACAUCAGCUCCGAGCCCCCCCAGGACCACAUCAUCUGGUCCCUCUGCUGCUUCCUCUACUCAAACCCCUGCUGCCUCGGACUGGCGGCUCUCAUCUUCUCUGUCAAGGCCAGAGACCGGAAGAUGGUUGGAGACCUGGAAGGUGCCCGUCGCUACGGCUCCAGUGCCCGCUGCCUCAACAUCUGGGCCACAGUCCUGGCUUCCCUGAUGUUUCUUAUUGUCAGCAUUAUAAUUAUUGUUGUGAUUGUGCAGGCAGUUAAGUUCAACAGAACAUAUAUCACAACCCAAAAUUACCGUUGGAAUUGAAAGUGAAUUUAGAAAAGGACAGAUUUGUCUGCUGCUGUGGCUUGGUGACACCUCUGUUUCUCUGCUUUAUGCUUGUGGCAUAUUUUGUACCUUUUUUUAAAAUACAGUUUUACUUGUAACUUUAAGCAAAAAAGAUAUGCAUUUUUAAGUAUAACUCAUUAAAUAGAUUUCCUGUCUGCAAGUAUCA